UGAUGGACUAUGAGAAGCACUUCGAUUUAGAGACCAUACACACAACCAAUUUUUCCUCAGAUUUGAAGAAAAGCUGCGUAUUAUGUGGAUUUUUAAUUGAUUUAAAACAUUUAGACGCUUGUUCUUUUCAAAAGGAAUAGACCAUGUGUAUCUUGAUACCAUGUGGAGUUUUCAUCUUAUUAUUACGUGUUGUUCCUGUAAUCACGAAAAGAGCAGACACUGUUGAGAAGAGGUCAUGCGAUGAACCCGCCUCUGGGUUCCUUUGUCCUGGGCAGCAAAGCAAAUGGCUCCAGCUUAGAUGUGCCCCCGAAUAUGUUAUGAUUAAAACUGCGAGCUAUGGUAUGAGCCCAGAGGUGCUGAAUGGACGAGAUUUUCAGGAGGAGUGUCCAGAUUUUGAUGCAACUGCGGUAGGAUCAUCUGUAUGUUGGUCAACCGAAGUACCUUCCACUGUUCUAAAUUCAUGUAAAGACAAAAAGGUUUGUCAAAUCACUCCUGCGACUUUAGGAGACUCUCCAUGUGAAAGUGACAUUGCGUUCUUUACUGUGACGUAUGCAUGUUCUAAUACAUCAUGCGGUUUUGAUAAUCCUCCUGGGGGAGAUGGUUUACCAAUCGAAAGUGAUGACGAUAUCGGUGGCAGUAUGGCCGAGGAAAAUAAAAAAUAUGACAAGAAUAGUGAUGCAGAUAAUAAAAAUAACAAGAAAGGUGGUGCCUCAAAAAAAGAUGACAAAAAGGGUGGAUCUAGUACAAAUGAUGACAAAAAGGGUGGUUCUAGUAAAAAUGAUGACAAAAAGGAUGACUCUAGUAAAUAUGACAACAAAAAGGGUCGCUUUAGUAAAAAUAAUGACAAAAAGGGUGGUGCAUCAAAAAGUGACGAAAGCAAAGAAGAUUCAUCAAAAGAAGAAGAGAGCAAAGACGACCCGGAUAGAGAUGAUAACAAAAAGGGGGGUUCAUCAGGAAUGGAUACCCAAAUUGAUGGAACAGACGAGGAAACGGGUACAAGUACAUUAGAAUCUACAUCGACCUCUUUUACAACGGAAUUAUUUCAAAACCUCACAACAGAAGAAUUCGAGGUUUCAACAAUACGACAAGAGUUUAUAACUUCAGCAAGUAGAAACGAUGAUGUUACUGCUGUUACAGAGGCGGAUGCAUUAAAUGCAACAAAAGAUGAGAUCACCAUUGGACAAGAAAUAACUGAAAAACAGGAUGAAGAUACAACGAUGCCAUAUGUACCAACUACCACCUCAGUCACAAAGCGAGAUUCAGUAACACUAAAUGAGCAGCUCGAGAUUUCAACAGAACGACCGGAGCCUAUAACUUUUAAAAAUGAUGGUGUAAAUGUUGCAAAUAAAGAAGAUUUGUUUGCAAUUACAACAAGACAAAAUAUUACUCAAGGACAAGCAGAUACGACAACACCCUAUUUACCCACAAAAAUUAUCACACAGAAAGACCAAAUCAACGUGACAGAAGAUGAGGAAGGUAAAAACAUCACAGCAACUACAUCUAACUAUUUUACAACAAAUCCACUGCAAAAUAUCACAUCUGAAGAGAUCGAGGUAACUACAACUACAAUAAAACGACCAGAACUUAAAGGUUUCAGCAGUUUAAAUGAUGAUGUUAUUCCAAACGACCAAAUCAACGUGACAGAAAAUGAGGAAGGUAAAAACAUCACAUCAACUACAUCUAACUAUUUUACAACAAAACCACUGCAAAAUGUUGUUCAAGAAGAAGACGCUUUGACGUACAAUGGUGAAGGGUACCGCAUUGAUGAAAAUGACAUGAAGAAACUUUGGAUACAAGAUAUCGUGAAGCUGCUGUCCAUCCUAACUAAUGCAACAGGAUCUUCGGAGCUAAAACACUUACAACAUGAGAGCAGACUAGAGGCCAUUGAUUACAUCCGGGUGAUUGAUAGUGUGCUUACCCGGAUGAAAGAGCCAUUCACAUUUCAGCCAAUCGCAACCAAGUCACUAGUAUGGGAGCUUAAGAUACAGACAAUCAUCGAACACAGUAAAGUGACUGGUGCAAUUCUAUUUCCCGAAAGCUCCAACGCGACAUCACACAUAUCCCUACCAUUUCAAGUUUUCAAAGGGCAAAAUGUCUCCUCUGUUGUAUCCAUAUUAUACAGAAACAUGACUGAAGUGUUGGGACCUAUCGAACAGAGGAAUGGUCACAACAAUGUUAUUGGAGAUGAUAUUGUUUCUACUGUGAUUCUUCCUAAACCAAAAGUACCGUUGCUUGAACCCAUUCAACUGCAAUUUAAGCAUCUGUCAGUGAGAAAGAACAGUGGUACCAACAGAUAUCUCCACAGAAAAUGUGUAUUCUUAGACACUACUGCCAGCUCAAAGGGUCUUACCGUUUGGUCGGAGGAAGGAUGUAACGUGACAUAUACAGACGAUAACGUAACAAGAUGUUCGUGCAAUCAUCUAACAAACUUCGCUGUCCUGGUUAGGUUUACCGAUACUGAGAUAUCCGUUGAGCACGAAACUAUCUUGGGUGUUAUUUCACUACUGGGUGUCUCGAUAUCUCUGCUGGGAGAACUAAUUACAUUAUUUGCCAUACUGACAGUGAGGACAAACAACAACAAUUACGGAGCUGGGUUUGACAUAGAAAAGAAAACAAUUCGUGUGAACUUGUUGGUCACUAUGGCAGCUACACAUGUUGUGUUUCUCAUUGGGGCGGCUGUGGACAUUAUAUCAAAUAUGAUAUUAUGCAAAGUGAUGGCUAUCGUUUUGCACUAUUUUCUUUUACUGUCCUUUAUGUGGAUGUUGGCGGAAGGAUACUAUCUUUACAGAAAUAUAGUCCGAGCUUACAAUGAAAAGAUGGACUUAAAAAUCUUGAUUGCUUUAUUUUAUGGUUUCCCAGGUCUCUAUAUAGCGGUGUCAGCCUCAGUGGGAUAUGAUUAUUAUGGCACUUUGGAUGGGUGCUGGUUAUCGCUGACAACAAAUUUUCGCUGGGUACUUAUUACACCAUUGCUGCUGAUUAUUUUGAUAAAUACUGUGAUAUUGGGGAUGGUUAUUAGAGUAAUACAUACAUUGAGCCAUGUAGAUUAUGAAGAUAAAAUAACAAAGGCAAAAGCCAGUAUUAAAGCUGUUGUUGUUUUAUUCCCAAUUCUUGGGUUGUCGUGGCUGCUCGCGGGACUGACCAUCAUACAAAGAGGUUACAUUGUGUACCAGUAUCUCUUUGCAAUAUGCAAUUCUUUCCAGGGGCUGUUCAUUUUCGUCUUUCACUGUCUUCUCAACACAGAGGUCCGUACCUCACUGAUCAGCAAGCUAUCACAAUGGCGGGAUGAGUGUUCCUGCUUAAGUUGUCCCAGCAGCUGUAUAUCUUGCCCUGAUCUUGUAUGCUUCACACACAAAAGCAGACUAAAGAAGGUCACUGUUAGCAUCAAGCGCAAGAGACAUGGCAGCUUAUCAUCAGAGAUGUAUGUCAUUAGAAAGGUGCCGGUUGACAAGACACUAGCUGAGCCAGAGGAUGAACAACUUCCCAAUAGUAUCAGUAAUUCAUCUGAGAACCUCACCACCAGAGCCUCAAGUCCUUCAAUUAACAGUAAGGAUACAUCUAUUUGGAACACAACUAAGCGCUGGAUGCUUCCAAAGGCUGACAUCUAUAAGAAACCAGAUAGUGCAACGUCACAGCGUUCUCAAAGCAGCAACAAUGGUUACCAAAGCAACACAACAAACACUUCCUUACAUUAAAAAAAUCAUAUUUGGACACAAAAUGUAUACAUGGACAGAUGGACAUCUAACGUAGGCUGCUGUAGUAUACUGUAUACAAUAAAUCUACGAUGAGGUUUUUACUAAUCUUGAAACCCUUUACAGAAUUGUUAUUGUGUUUCACAAUUG